UAGUCACGAACCAAACAGACCCUGGCCUUAGACAUAGCUUUAAUUCCACAUAACUACAAAUACGAGAAUAAAAUAGUCUUAAAACCCACUCGGCACAUCCAUGUACAAAACUUUCCCCCAGAGCAAUCCAUCAGUGGAUUGUGGUUUGUAUUUGUUGACUAUUUAUUUUGAAAUGAAAAACAAGCUGGACCUGUAACAGUACAACCAAAGAAGAGACAAAGGGGGGAGAGAGAGAUGUUCCACAACAGCAGUACAGAACAGUGAAGAAGACGUCGACGAGACCACCGAGGGCAGUCAAAGUGCCCGAGAUAGAAGCCGCCAUCGCCCGUCGCCGACGUCGAACCCCGGUCGGCAUAGAAUUCCCCGCUCCGCCUCGGCCUCGCCAAUCGCUUUCACGCUCCAUCAACACCAUGGCUCGAUGCCAAAACCACAAUUAAAAAUUUGUGCUUGGGCGUAUCCGUCAAUACACGCACCGAGAGGAGGAAGCCCACUACCCCGUCUCUCUCUCUCUCUCCUCCCUGGCUCUCGUCUUCCUCUCCUCCCCCACCGAGUUGCCGCCCCCUCGCUUUCACCCCACGCGGAAGCAAGAAUUCGUCGUCAAAUUCCCACCUUGCGCGUGUUUCUGUGGAUUUCCUUUUUUUUGGCCGCUUCCUUGCUCCUAUGGGCCUUUGAUCCGGGGCUUGGAUCUUGGGAAGGGGAGGUGUGGUGGGCCGCCGCCGGCGAUCUGGCGGGGAGGAUAUGGCCGGCGGGAAGGAGCCGAUCGAGGUCAGGUUCCGGCUCUUCGACGGCACGGACAUCGGGCCCACCAAGUACGAUCCCUCCACCACGGUCUCCUCGCUCAAGGAGUUCAUCCUCGCUCGGUGGCCGCAAGAUAAGGAUAUAACUCCAAAAACUGUUAAUGACUUGAAGCUUAUCAAUGCUGGAAGGAUAUUGGAGAAUAAUCGGACACUUGCAGAGUCCCGUGUUCCAGUAGGAGAGGUCCCAGGAGGUGUAAUUACAAUGCAUGUGGUAGUGCGACCUCCACAAGCUGACAAAAACAGUGAGAAGCAGCUUGCGAAUUCCGUCAAGCAGAACAGAUGCGGGUGCACCAUUCUCUGAUAAGACGCCUGCUUGAUGUUGUACAAUCUGUGUAGUCUUAGGAUUUUGUAUCUGCUUUGCUGUGUUCACACAAGCGUGAAUUCAUUUUGAUAUCCAGUCCUUGAAGCCAUUCGAGUCCAGAAACAUACACACUAAAAAUCCAUCGAAUAUGAAGGUUUCUGGAUGGUAGAUUUGGAUCGUCUUGUUCCAGAGUUGAGGAUUGGAUGCUUCCUGCUGUAUAAAUGGUGUUGUCGAAACUAGAAAAAAAAACUCUUUUAUUUCUUUUUUCUUUUCUGCCAUGUUGACGUUAUAUAUAUAUCGAUUCUUUUUAGAUCGGUUGCUUUGUCUCGUCUAACAGAAAUAUUGUACUCAGAUAUAAGUUGCAAAAGGAGUAAUGUAUGGUGUUAUGGUAAAGGGGAAA